UUGACAAGCACGUUACUUUUGUUGGUCGUUCUAACUCGCACUGACGACGCCGGGCAACGUGGGGGGAGGCACAUCGAGUCCUGGACGCUGGAACUUCUUCCACGGGUUUCUAAAUUGCACGCGCGAGAAACACAAACACAACGCGCGCUCAGAAGACACUUGAAACAAACACACAUCGCACGCUCAGAGACACGCGCCUUUUCUCGGCGCGGCGCUUGUGAUAGACGGACAGACCGACAAGACAGAGCGAGCCACAAGAAGAAUGCCCGCACAGCGCAACAACAAUGCACACGCCCGGCACGGCUGAGCGGCGCACGCAGCAGCGGUGCCUCCUCCAUGGCCCUGUCCGCGGAGAUGAACGGCAUCACCGCCACAAGCACCACCACCACCACCACCAGCACCGCACCACCACCACCAUCACCACGGCGGCGACAUCGAACGCGAGCUCGUGCGACGCGGUCCCAGAUGCGGCAGCCGCUCUCCCCGCCGCCCUCAUGUUCGCCGUCGGCGUGCUGGGAAACGCGCUGGCGGUCACCAUCCUGGCGUGCUCGCGCCGCGACAGCAAGCAGACCGUCUUCUUCGCGCUCGUGUGCGCGCUCACGGUCACGGACCUGCUGAGCACCUGCCUCUCCAGCCCGCUCGUGUUGGCCGCGUACGGCGCGCAGAAGACCAUCGAGCAGCUGGGCGGCAACCCGCUCUGCGUCUACUUCACCUUCUGCAUGCUCUUCUUCGGCUUCGCCACCAUGGGCAUCCUGUGCACCAUGGCCGUGGAGCGCUGGCUGUCCAUCGCGCACCCGUACGUGUACCAGAGGCGCGUGAGUCAGACGUGGGCGCGAGUCGCCCUCGCGAUUGUGCUCGUGGUGAGCGCGGCGCUGCUCCGCGCUGCCGCUGGCCGCCGGGGUGGUGCGCGCGCGCAUGUACCGGCCGUGCACCUGGUGCUACGUGGACGCGAGGCUCGAGCGCGCCUACGGCUUCGUCUACGCCGCGGCCACGUCGCUGCUCAUCGGCGCCGUGGUGGCGUGCAACGUGGGCGCCGGGGUCGCGCUCUUUCGCAUGAGGAGGAGGCUAACGCUGCGGGACGCGGUGCCCAACUCCCGGCGCGUCUCGGCGAGAGUUUCGGCGCCGCUUGCCGCUCUUCCACCGCGCUUGCUCCUCCUCCUCUGCCGUCGUCGUCGUCGUCCCAGCCGGGUCGAGACAGUCCCCUCGCUUCGCUCCGCAGGAAGAUCUCCGUGCAGAGGUUGCAGCGCAUCCAUAGGCCGCGUGGAGUGGAGGUGGACAACCUGGUGCUGCUGGUGUUCAUGACCAUCAUCUUUCUCGUGUGCUCGCUGCCUCUAACCGUCUCUACUCUAAUCAAUGCCAUCUGGCCCACGAACACUGAAUUCAAGCGCGACCUUGCCGGUCUACGCUUCGCCUCCUUCAACCCCAUCCUCGACCCGUGGAUCUUCAUCAUCGUGCGUCGCUCCGUGCUCGAGCGACUCCUCUCGGUGCCCGCGCGUCUCCGCGCCGCGCUUCUCCCCCACCGUGCCGGCGGCGACUCGCGCGGCUCCGGUUUGCUGCGCCACCUGGGCAAGGGCAAGGGCGGCGGUGGUGGCGGUGGAUCUUCCGAGUCCGCCUCGCUCUCCUCCUUCCAGCUCGCGCAGCUCAUCCGCUCUGCCGACGCGUCGCCCAUGAUGGUGGGACGGCUGGCCGAGAUGCUCGGCCGUGGCGGCGAGCCCGGUGCUCCGGACUCCGUGCGCAGUUCCCUGGACCUGGAGUUGCCGGACGGGAAGUUCAGCGAACUGUUGUCGUUGUCUCGGAGUCGACGAGAGGCAGAGACGUGACGGGUAACGACGGCAAAAGAUUUACAACAACAACAAGUGUAAUCACUUGCUCCCGCCACUGUCGGAGGAAGUGUCUCCACUGGAGGGAGCUGAAGAGAGCCCCUGUGGAGGGUAUUUGGGCCUUUGCAAGACGUGAGAUCACUCGCACUAUAUUCCACCAAACGCGGCGUUGCUGUUCGACUGUGGUGAACUCGUUUAGACGGACAGAGGUGGAGCCACAGAUCGAACUCGACUGGUGACCUCUGAAAUACAGGCCCAAGUAAUGCCAGUGCUUGAAGUCUCACUGAAGACAGGAGUAGGCCUCUCCCUGGCAGCCUCGGCCACAGUGAGAGAUACUCUGGUGACUGGUGUGGCGUCGCUGACCCGGACAGAUCCAGCUGAAAUUAGGCCCUGGGUAAUGCUACCUGAUACAGUGCACUGCCCUUAUUUAUAGAUAUAUUUCACCGUGUGAACCUUUUGCAAUCAAGAGAAUGUAUUCGGCACGAGCAGGACGUGUUUUAAUCUGUUUGGAGUGGUGAACACUGAAAUAUGUAAAUAUGUAAACUGAUUUGAACUAAGAACACAUUUACCAAAAAAAAUGCACUUUAAUGCUUGCAUGCACGUACCUACACACGUACCUACACACGUACCUACACACGUACCUACACACGCACCUACACACGCACGUACACACGCACGUACAUGUAGGGCUAUGAGUGUCCUUCGCAGCGAGCGUGAUUAUUCCACGGACUUUGCGUCAGGACACUCCCCACACCAUUAGCGCCAUUACCACUGUCACGGACAUUGUCACCACUUGACGGCGUUGUCAUCAAUCAUCGUUCGAGCUGGCUCGUAGAAAAUGAACGUGAAUAUGGAGCCUGCAGUUAGUCUCGCGACUUAGCGAGCGGAGUUUGUUGCGUGCACAUCAAUGAACGCGCAGUGACAGACGAUGCCAUCAGUGCCCGCAGAUGUUUGGCGCGUGUGCAUCGACACGCGUUAUUGCGCUCACAUUGGCGCCCGUGUUCUGCGCUAAAUCGCGCACACGAUAUGAAUUGCUCGACGCCCAUAUGGAUUCGGAGACAAUGCCGGCAAUAUUGAUGUGUUCUUGGCUCCAGAGUGACUGCUGUUCGGCUGGCUUGUGUACACAUGUGGCGAUAAGGGUUUCCAUAGCGCAUCGCUAUCCGUCCACGUCUGGUGCCAAAGCAACUGCAGACACUCCAACGAGAGACAGGCGUUGCGUUUGUGGCAUGCGUGUGCCUUUCCAGGAGACCAGACGCUGUCAUGUCACCGACGCUGUGGUAUACUGCUCCACGUGUGUGGCCAAUACUGUAGUUUACACUUUGAAGCCACCACUAAUCCCUAAGGUGUUCCCGAGCCUGUUAUGAUUAACGUGCAGCCACUUUUAUUGAGUUACUUUAUUUUAUUUUCUCCAAAAGGAAGACUAACAAAGUUUUGAUUUUGUGUCAUUACAAGUUAUGCCCCCGCCCCCUCGCCCUUAAGCCUGCACACACAGAUCAGUAGUCACGGUGUUCCGAGCUGGGAUGCCGCUUGCGUGAUCUUGCCGGACCGGAUUUGUCGUUAGGCGAUGUGGCACUUGGCUGGCCACGGCCGGGCUGUUGGGGUAAAGCGAGUGGCCGAUCACUUUUCGAGCGAAAUUCAGAACGCCCCUGCCGCAACCCCCAUUCCUCUUGCAGCAGCGGAGGUCUGCAGAAUGUUUACACGUUUCGUGCGGCGGUCGGGCCAGGGGGCUGUGUUCUCUCGGUGGUCUAUUGAAGAAGAGAUACCCGGGGAUGGUCAAACAUUUCACUUGCAGCGGCCAGUUGCCUCAAAAGCAACAGUUAUUUGAGGAAAGCGACGGUUUGUCACCCAUGGGGCUGCAGGCGGGUGUGAAUGGUCUGUCGCGUGUUCAAAUGCAUCCAAUUUAUUCUUACUGCCGCAUGCAGCAGCGGUAUCCAUUUCCUGGCAAGUAAAUUGUUUUGCUCAUUUUCAAAAGACAGACCUACACACUGUGACCCUGAUAAACUCGAAUGUAUGUAAUUGCGCAUCCGCGGAGGCGGCCUGUACAAUUACAAGUUCGAAACUUCCACAGUGAAUCGUUCCUCCGAGGGCUACCCACAGUCUGCGUAAAUGGCUCAACCUUCUGCGACGUCACCAGAAUAAAUGCCUUGAGGACAUUGGCGACAACGCAAAAUGCAUGCGAGUGAAUUGAUUGGCGUGGUUGCACCGCGCCCUCUAUUGUGCUUGUCAAGAUAACGUGCCAAAUGCGAUGACUUACAGAAACUGAUAAAAGUGUUGUCAGUAGUUCUGGCGUGCAGCCGUGGCCAACACCGCAGAUUUCUUCACGGAGUUGAUACGCUAUUCAAAUGCCACCAGAUAAGGUGAACAUUUCUCUCUACGUGGAGUGACACAUUAAUAUUCUAAUUUGCUUCCCCAUACAUAACCAAUGAAGGAAAUAUGAUUUCCCCACAUCAAUUGAUAUUCUGUACUAGCUUCAUUAUCACCAUCAUCAGGGGUGCCAGGGUGGCAAGAUGGGAACUACCUCGCCUGGUACGCAGGAGGAUCGUGGGUUCGAUCCCGACCCUGACGCCUGCUGCUCUAUAUUUGGAAUUUGGAUGUCUCUCUCUCUCUCCCCGUGGUCGCGUGGAUUUUUCUCUGGAUCCGUCGGUUUUCCCCUCCACAUUUAGAAACGUGCGUUUUAGAGAUUUUGGCUGCUAUAAAUUGCCCCGUGAUAAGCCACUUCGUUGAGCUAUCAUUUGUGGCCAGGCCGCUUCUAGAAAAAGAGCUACAUAGUUCAGUGGGCCUCACCUGGUAAAAUAAAAAAAGAGAUUAAGUUUAGUUUAUCAUCAUCAACAUCAUCAGCCAUUGUCUAUCCACUGCUGGAUGAUGACCUCACGCCGUCCCCAUCCCUGUCAAUCCUACGAUGUCAAAAUCAAUGUCACUCCCGAAAAUGUAUCUUAUUGCAUCCACUCCGUGGCGGUCGUCUGCUCGGUGUGUGUGCGCUUUAACUUGAAUCGCCACCAUCGUCCACGGCACAUUGUCCCCUCGGGCGAUGCACCCUGCGAAAGCCCGAUUACUUUCCUCAACCGUUCACGCGAUUCUUCAAUUGGGAUAAUAUUCAUUGCACGCGUCUACCCCUUGGAUAAAACAUGCGAAUGUUCACCACACGUGAUCCUCGGAGCCCAGGGUUGCCCAUCCAUGAAAUAAGAUGUUGUGUGAGUUGCAGGGUAAUGAGUAAGCAAUGGCACCAUCUCUUAAAACGAGCGAUGUCUACUGCAGUGAGAGCUGUAGUAAGAAUUACAUCUAGAAAGGUGAAAUAGGAAAUAAUAAUUUGUGGCCCUUUGUCAAUUCCCUGCCGGAUGAGCACUUUGCACACGCCGCGGUGGCCACGGGGGUUAUUUGACCAUACUUCACUAUGCUGGUCAAUGCGAGCAGGUGAAUGGGGUGGCUCAGGACUGGUUCAGAUGUCAAUUCGCCACUGAUGUUAGCCGUGGUCGGUAAUCGAACUUAGUUUGCUGGACUCAUAGCACAGUGCGCUAACCAGUGCUAAACUGAUUCACCGGUUUUAUACUUGCUCAACCGUCCACUCCCGAUGGUUGGGCAAGUAUAAGAUCGGUGAACUUCAUCAAUAUUUAGCACACUGCAGCACUUCUGAAAUGUGUCGCUGGAGAAUGUAGUAUUUCGUGACUGUGACCAUGGUGAUGAUGAUGAUAUGAGCCGUGACAAUUGUACAACGUGUUAUUAUAUUAGUCAGACGCUGGGGUCGAAUAUCCACUGAGCAGUGUGCGUGACAAUCUUACUCGAGAAUCUACCCGAUGUACGCAAUAUAUGAAGGAGUGCCUACUCUUUGUUUCAAAAGUAGUAGCUCACGGGUGCUAAACUUGUGUGUAAACAUUGUGAAAUUUACUGUGACAUUCAUGACUCUGGGCCACACCUGACAUCGUGACAAUUUUCCCCACUGAAGCUGGAUAAAUUGGUUGUGAGUCUUUCCAUUAACAGUUGUACUGUGCUACGAAUAAUUAAGGAAUGCAUUUGUUUACUACAUUUUAAUUACGUUUACGUGGAAUUGACACCUAAAAUAUUUCAUGAAUUCGUAAUUACUUAAUACUUACUGAAAUAUUUGCUAUUAAAUAUUUACAAUUUAAAAACAAACAAAACUCCAGAUUGUAUGGUAGAAGGCUGGGGUUCGCUAGAUCUGUUAGGUUGAAGAGGUUUUCUGAUGGGCUUGAACAUUGUAUUAUUGGUGAAAUAAUAAAAAACUUACAUUCAUGAGAGAGCCGAGAAGAACACGUGGCAUCCACGGGAACAGGCUCACCACAUUCCCUACAAUAGAUAAGUACGCAGCGUUUGAAUUGCGAGUCAGCAUACGAACGCCAUCUCCUACAAAGGUUUUUUUUGUUAUUCUACAAUUAUUAUUUAUUUUGGGUAGCCUUCCGAUGUGCCCAAAAUUAUUGGACCGUCUCAAGUCCGGCUUUGACACAUUUCACCGUAUCAAAAAGUGACGUAUCCCUUGUAAUGCUCAUUACAAAAUGUAUAAUCCCGUUUUUUUUUUAAA